GCCAGACUGUUGCAUCAACUUGAUUAGAACCAUCAUGCUGUUCUCGCCAGUGGUAUCGCCUCCACUUCGGGAAGGACUGUGGUUGGAUCGCUAGUUGGUGACUUCACAAUGCUGCCGUGAUGUCCUACACUGGGCUGUGUCGAUGCAAAGGCUGUAUCGCAGCAGUUAGUGAACAUCUUGUUUAACUUCAGUUGAGAUGGCUGAUCAAAUGCCACUACCACAAUCAGCUUAUCCGGCAUUUACGAUGAACAGGCUGUCCAAAACCAUCACGCUAUACCGAAACAGCAGCAAGUACCUCACUGGAUGCCGAAGGCCACUGCUCCUCAUGUUGCCCUGGUUCGGAGCCAAGCCUCAUGCCAUCGAACGAUACCGGCAGAUUUACUAUCCCUAUGGCUACGAUAUCCUAGUUGUGGAAAGCAGCAUCAAGCAUUUCCUCUGGCCACCCUCGGGCAUGUCGUACGCUCUGCAGGUGAUGGAGCUGCUCCAAAGAGAGCCCUUCGACUCCUGCCCCCUUGUCAUUCACGCCUUCUCCAUUGGAGGCUUCGUCUUUGCCGAAAUGAUCAUGGCCUCAAGAAAUGUUCCUUGCCACUCCAACUUCAAGUCCAGGAUUGUGGGCCAGAUCUUCGACAGCCUGGUGAUAGGAAGUGUGGACCAAAUGGCCAAAGGUGUUUCACAGAUGACCGCCCCUCCCUUCAUUCAGCCAAUUCUUAAAAGGAUGGUAGUUUUCUGGCUCUUGAGAGGUUACAUCAGCAGCCAUCACAAAGCUGUAAUCAACAACUUCAUGGAACACCCCUGCCCUGCACCCAUCUUGGUGUUCUACAGCAAGGACGACCCACUGAGUGACUACAUGCAAGUGGAAACUAUGCUGCACAAUUGGCAGAAGGCGGGCAUCCGUGCAUUUGGGAAAAGCUGGGAUAUAUCCCGCCACGCCGGACACCUGCGGCAGCAUCCUCAGGAAUAUCAAAGCACUCUGCAAAACUUCCUUAGCUCACUUGGCCCUCACCAUUUACCGUCCAAAUUGUGAAGAGUGAAAGGAUCAGGGAGACCGACCGGCCUCAGCAAGCAGUGCAACGCCUGUUUGUCGGGGCCUCCGAUCAGACGUUCAAUCAGAAACUAAACACUAGUGACAUUUCUAAAAUGGAUCACGCUAAUGGCCAAAGAACGAUGGACUCUACUCAAUAGAUUCUUAUGUGAUUGGUAUCAACCAACAAGGUGUCGUCACCUUACAGGAUUGAUUUCUUUAUUCUCGUGUAAUGCCCAUUUUUGACUGUAGAACACUGUUCCCUUGGUCAUUGUUACUUUUUUGUAUAUCUUUGUAAUCAUUGUUCUUUAUCUCUCUACAUCAUCGUCUAUAUCUCUCAGACAAAGAUUUGCACUUAAGUAAUCUCAGGAUAUCUCAGGGCACC